UAUUGUACGGUGGCGGCAUGUGCUGCAUAAACAAUGAAGACCAGUCUGUCACUAGUCGCUGUUGCCAGCAGACGUGUUCGUCUUGCGAGCCGUACGUACAGUUUUGUCGGAUUUGAGUCAUAGUCGUUUUAACCAUUACAAAAUUGUCAUUGUUUACAUACCACAUACGGUCGAAUAUACACCUGAUGUACAAUUUUCCUCUUUGGAGUAUGUUACUGUUCCAAUCAAUGAAUCCAAAAUCGAAACCAUUAGUAUGAAUGCGAUGAAAUCAAAUUCAAACAUGAACUGUGAAACAACGAUGGAAAACGCUGAAAAGCUUAAUCAACACAUCAUGAAGGACGAUCUGAUUUUGCUGGCUUCGGAGGAAAAAUCGAGCUUGAGGCGCAGCUGUGGUUUUCUGGAAGACGAAGGUCAUGCGGCUUUAGAUAGUGAUACAAAUCCACUAAACUACGUUCCAAUAAGCAAUGAAAUAAUUUUGGAAGUAUCGUCGUCAAGCUUUGAUGAAGGAAUAGGCUUGAGUAACACUGAAGAAUCAAGUGAUGAUCAAGCGAGUGCCAAAUCCGACUCGCUGACAGCCAACAACUCUGUGAAGAAUCCAGCAGCGAAAGGCUAUCAACGUAAGCAAAGUAAGGAUAAAUUAAAAAACUACAAAUGUGAAAUCUGCCAACAAGUGUUCAUGAUGAAAAAACACCUUCGGGAGCAUCAUGUAAUUGAGCAUCCGGGAGAAAACUGUAACAAAUGUGCCAUAUGUGAAAAAACGUUCAAACUACGGUCGAAUCUUCGGCAGCAUCUUCGUAUCCAUACGGGUGAACGUCCAUUUCGAUGUGACAUUUGCGGCAAGACAUUUGUACAGGGCAGCGCUCUAACUGUCCAUCGGGAAUUACAUAAGGAGCAGCGUGACUAUGAGUGCUCAGUUUGCAAAAAAGCAUUUAAAUCGAAGUUUGCCUUCAAAAAACACGAAAAAGUACACAUUGGACUGCGGCCAUUCAAGUGUGAUGAGUGUGGAAAAUCAUUCACCCAAUCAUGUAACCUGAAAGCACACCAAAAAUUGCAUACAGGAAAUCACGCAUAUCAUUGCACGACCUGUUCAAAGACCUUUCGCUUCAAAUCCCACUACCAAGAUCAUCUAAUGACGCACACCAAGGAGAAAAAAUACUGCUGUGCCCAGUGCGGUCGUACGUUUGCUUACAAAAACUCCUUCCAGCGGCACACCCUAAUCCACCGGGAUGAAGCUCAACACCAGUGUAUGGGAUGCGGGAAACAGUUCAGCAAACUAAGUCACCUCACCUUCCAUUACAAAUCUCAAGGUUGUGCUCGUAAACUAGCACAAGAGGGUGAGGUAGAUAGAGCUUCAAAAAAUCUGACUUGCGACAUUUGUAACAGCGUCUUCGAACGCGACGAUACUUUACUGGCCCAUCGAAACGAGCUGCACAGCUGCGAGGAUAACGUGCACGAAAAGGGACGAUGUCGGUACAAAUGCGUUAUCUGUAGCAAAUCGUUCCAGGAAGAGAAGGAAUUGCGUACCCAUUUCAAGUUGCACGAAGCCGACGAUUGUCCUUUUCAGUGUGGGAUGUGUGGAAUCCUUAAUUUAAACAAUACCUAAAAACCGGUAAGGUUCUCGUUAAAGGGUAUGCUAAUAAAAUGAAGAAGAAUCAGGCCAAAUUUACUGUAUGAUAAGGACUUAUUCUGUGAUAUCUCAGAGUGUAUGAAAAAUAUGUGUUUGUACUGGUCGUUUCGUAUUAAACAGCGAAUAUCUACAAGAUAA